GAGAGGAUUGAGCAUUAUAAUCAUAUAUCCACGUGACACGAUCUCGUGACUUCAUUUUUAUUUAAAUGAAAUGAAUCCGAUCCUUUAAUUUUUUAACUUCACUGUGAAUGAGUUAUACUCUUUUUCUUAGUUCGAAUUUUGACAGUAACAUUUUAUAAGCUAAUGCCGAUCGUAACCAGUUCGCAGUUCAACAAGUCAAUACUUUAAAAGUUAUUUAAUAAAUUUGGGGAUUUCAGUUCAUAGGGCAAGAAAGGGAGGAUCGAAUAUUCGAUGCUUUCAAUCGGAAGGAAGGCAUCGAUCCAGAGAUUACUUUACAAACUAUCAACAGAGGGUUGCCGGAAAUCUAGUACCCAUGGCUUGUUACGCGGCGAUUGAAAAGGGCGGCGACGUGUUUUUCCCAACUCCGGCACGUUCAGUUCGUCGGUCUUUUCACUUGCUCAUGUUCGUGCUUAUAUUUACUUUGUUGCUAAAUAGCAACUGCGUUUCUUCAUACUCAUCAGGAUACUGGGAUUUUAGCAGCAGCAACUCCACUGUGAUGGAAAGAGGGAAGUUGGGUCCCGGAAAUCCCGGUGUAUGUUCCAGAAAGGCCAAACAUCUUCCAGUUUGUGAAUGUGGAUUCAAAAUGUUGGACUCUUGCUUCUUGAAUAAGAACAAGAUGCUUGAAAUAGAAAAGGGAGCAAAUGACUUUAACAUACCCAUAAUCAGAUCCAACCGAAAAUUAGUUGCCUCUACUGAUGGAGGUCUGCAUAAACCGUCUUGUUUAGUCUUCAAUUCUGCAUGGAAGGCCCGACAAGUAGAACACGAACCAAACAAAAAGCUCAAUUAUCCAUCACCUGCUGGUAUACAAAGACCAAAAAGUGAUGAGGAUAUCGCAUUCAUGAGUAUUCUUGAACUUGGCCAGCUUCUCAAGGAAAAUUUAAUCACAUCAGUGGAGCUGACUGGAAUUUUCUUGAAGAGACUGAAGAGGUAUGGUCCUGUUCUUGAAUCGGUCGUUACAAUUACUGAAGAAUUAGCAUACAAACAAGCAAAAGAGGCUGAUCAACUUCUUGCUGAAGGCAAAUAUUUGGGUCCUCUUCAUGGGAUUCCUUAUGGUCUGAAGGACAUCAUAGCAGUACCUAACUAUACCACAACAUGGGGUUCAACAUCUUUUAAAGACCAAGUUCUUGAUAUUGAAGCUUGGGUUUAUAAAAGGCUGAAAUCUGCCGGGGCAGUUCUUGUUGCAAAGUUAGUAACUGGUUCUUUAGCAUAUGAUGAUAUCUGGUUUGGUGGUAGAACAAGAAACCCGUGGAAUAUCGAGGAAUAUUCUACGGGAUCAUCAGCAGGUCCUGCUUCUUGCACCUCAGCAGGUUUGGUUCCAUUUGCAAUUGGUUCAGAAACUUGCGGCUCUAUUACCUAUCCAGCUUCCCGCUGUGGCGUGACGGCACUGCGGCCCACUUUUGGAGCUGUUGGUCGAACGGGUAUUAUGAGCAUAGCUGAAAGCUUGGAUAAAAUAGGCCCUUUUUGUAGAAACUCUGUGGAUUGUGUGAUUAUUCUGGAUGCCAUUCGGGGAAAGGACCCAGAUGAUGUUUCAUCUAGAGACAUAUCCUUUAGAGAUCCAUUCUCAGUUGAUAUCACAAAGCUCACUGUUGGAUAUCUUGAGGAUGCUGAGAUGGAAGUCGUUCACGUACUCCAAUCAAAAGGAGUGAAUAUGGUCCCGUUUAACCUGAGUUACACUGUUGAUUCCGUCCAAGGUGUCCUCAAUUUCACAAUGGAUGUUGAGAUGCUGGCUCACUUUGACAAAUGGCAGCGCUCAAAUCUGGAUGAUGAAUAUGAAGCCCAAGAUCAAUGGCCUACUGAACUUCGCCGAGCACGUGCCAUAUCUGCAGUUGACUAUUUUCAGGCACAAAGAGCUAGAGGUAUAUUGAUUCAGCAAGUAAGAGAAAAUUUCAGCGUUGAUGCAUUUAUUGGAAAUGCAACUGACUGGGAGAAAGUUUGUGUUGGCAAUCUUGUGGGUAUUCCAGUAGUAAUUGUUCCAACAGGAUUCAAAAAGAUAUCUGAUGCACCAUCAAAUGAUAUUCGCCGAAGAACAACAAUAACUACAGGCAUAUAUGCUCCUCCGGACCGUGAUCAUAUCGCCUUAGCUUUAGCAAUUGCUUAUCAAUCAGUUACCAAUCAUCAUAAGCAGCGGCCACCAAUUGAUGACCUUGGUCCAAAUGAUCCUAUUCCAGAAUCACCAAAAUCCCUGUAGUGGUAUUGAAUGUUGUUCAUGCUCACAAGUGCUUGAUAUGAACCUCCAUGCGCUUGAGCCUGGUGUGAUUCAGACCACCGUUUGUAGCUGCUAAAACUAUGGAAGUAUGAAUCUCAGCUUUCUGUUCGGGCCAUGAGAAAACUAAAAUUCUGUUUACUUCUGUCACUGUUUUAUAGUUCUAAUUCUGUGAAAUUUCUUAUUACUUUUGAUCUGUAAAUGAUUUAACUUUGUAUUAAGUGGAUUAUUUAUCCAAUAAGAAGAGUAACACUUCUACUGAGA